AUGCGCUUCUCUCAAGUGAUAACUGCCGCCCUGCUGGUAGCCUGCGCAUCGGCUCAACAGCUCAACAAGGGCGAGACGUGUACCUCCAAUCGCAAUUGCGAAGCGCGUUGCGGUGGGGGCGAGUUCAGCAUAUCCUCCGGCAAGUUUGUCUGCUCUAAUGACAACGCAAAUAAUGAGAAAGUGUUCUCCUGUCUGGGUUGUACGAAUCUUCCAGAGUCCAAUGCGGACAGAAUUUCGGAAAUAUGUACAGAGGUGACAAGCGAGGGGGACAAGGAUAUAUACUGCAUCAUUGAAAAUGAAGGCUUUGCCAGUCAUUGUGAAUAUUACAAUGGAGAGCUGAAGAAGGUCAAAGAGCUUUCCACUUAUGACGAAGCAGUGGAUGCUUGCAAGAAGGCAUCGGGAAAAUAA